CCACCAAAGAACUGUCGAAUUACAGUUUUACCCCAGCCACGUUGUCCGACAAUUUUCUUCAUUUUGCGCAAAUGUCUUUAAGUCUAAACUCUGAGAAGACAAAGAAAGCCAAAGCCCCUUUUCCCAAAUUAAGUCCGUGAGAUCACUUAGAUGUCUCUAUUCCUAAUCCAAAUUUAAUAAUUAAAACAUAUUAUAGCUUUGUGUGAAGGAGUAAAUGAAAAUAUGUUGCAGUUGGCACAUGUCAUCUCCUCUACUCGAGCUGAAGCAGGGAUGAGGAAGUUAAGUCUAGGCUCCUUUUCAAUGGCAAACUCUAAUCUCGUCAUCAUCCUCUACUUCUCCUUCUUCACCUUCGCUGAAGCAGAAGCACUACAUUCCCAGCUUAAGCAGCAAAUCCAAGACCAAGAGAAGCUUCCAUUCGUGGGCGUCAACAUCGGCACCGACGUCUCCAACCUUCCAUCUGCCUCGGACCUUGUCGCGUUCCUUCAACUGCAGAAGAUAACACACGUUCGCAUCUACGAUGCAAACUCAGACAUCCUGAAAACUUUGUCGGGGACCAAGAUUCGCGUCAUCAUCAGCGUCCCCAACAACCAGCUCCUGGCGAUUGGUUCCUCCAACUCCACCGCGGCCUCCUGGAUCGAUCGUAAUGUCGUCGCUUACUACCCCCAAACCCUCAUCAGCGGAAUCUCCGUCGGCGACGAGGUUCUGACCACCGUCCCCUCCUCCGCCCCGCUGAUUCUCCCCGCCGUCGAGUCCCUCUACAACGCCCUCGUCGCCUCCAACCUCCACCAACAUAUCAAGGUCUCAACCCCUCACGCCGCUUCCAUCAUUCUUGACCCUUUCCCUCCCUCUCAGGCUUACUUCAACCAAUCCCUCGUUUCCGUUAUUCUCCCUCUCCUUCAGUUCCUUUCUCGAACCGGUUCCCCUCUCACGAUGAACCUUUACCCCUACUACGUCUUCAUGCAGAAUAAAGGCGUGGUUCCUCUCGACAAUGCUCUCUUCAAACCCCUCACUCCUAAUAAGGAAAUGGUCGACCCCAACACCUUGCUUCACUACACCAACGUCCUCGACGCUAUGGUCGACGCCGCUUAUUUCUCCAUGAAGAACCUUAAUAUCACCGAUGUUGCUGUUCUUGUCACUGAGACAGGUUGGCCUGCCAAGGGUGAUUCUAAGGAGCCUUAUGCUACCAAGGACAAUGCUGAUACUUACAAUUCCAAUUUGAUUAGGCAUGUUUUUGAUCGCACCGGAACCCCUCUGCACCCUGAAACUACUUCCAGUGUGUUUAUUUAUGAACUGUUUAAUGAGGACUUGAGGGCUCCGCCGGUUUCAGAGGCCAAUUGGGGUUUGUUUUAUGGGAACACUUCGCCGGCUUAUUUGCUUCAUGUGUCUGGGAUUGGGACUUUUUUGGCGAAUGAUACCACUAAUCAGACAUACUGCAUUGCCAUGGAUGGGUUUGAUUCUAAGACGUUGCAGGCCGCGCUGGAUUGGGCGUGUGGACCGGGGCGAGCCAAUUGUUCCGAGAUUCAGCCUGGAGAGACUUGUUUCCAGCCUAAUAAUGUGAAGAACCAUGCUUCUUAUGCGUUUGAUAGCUAUUACCAGAAAGAAGGCAAGGCUCAGGGGACUUGUGACUUCAAAGGACUGGCUAUGAUCACCACCACUGAUCCCAGUCACGGGAGCUGUAUAUUUCCUGGAAGCAAGAAAGUGAGCAACAAGACAAAGGAAGUGGUCAACUCUACUAUCUCAAGCAGUGCAGGAGAGAAGUUGAGGUUUAAAACCUUUAACAGCAUAAAAAUAAGUGCAAUUGGCAACAUUUUGCACAUUUUAUUGGUUGCAUAUCUCCCUACUUUGUUGGUAGUCCUAUUAUGAGGUGCAAAUAAUUCAAUUUUUUGUUCUUUUUGGAUUUUGAAUUUCAUAGAGUUUAAGGAUGAGGUCAUAAGAGAAAAGGAAUCGCGCAUGAUCUGUAGGUCUAAACUUAGGGCUUAUGUAGAUGCUUCCUUUUUUAAGAAAGCAGUGUUAAUAAUUUUUGUUGGGGCUCUUGUAAUUAACGUAUGUAUUUCUUAAAAUUGUAUUUGUUGGUUAAUAUGUUUAGAAUGUGUAUCAACAUGUCACCAUUAUCUCUGUAUUGGAGGCCCAUGAUUUUGGUCA